AUGGCUAAGCGAUUAAGUGAACAAGAAAUAUCUGAUUUAGCGAAUUGUGAUAGUAGUGACGAGAGUGGUGAUGACUUCUCUUCGACAGAUGAAGACGAAUUGUAUGUGCAACCUGAUACAAGGGCUGAAAGUUCGUUUUCGGAGCGCGAACAUGCCGAGUCUCGUUCAAACGCACAAGCUACACAACAAGCUAUUACAUUGCGAUCCAAUACUAUUCAAUUUUCUUCUUUAUUAGAUAGUAGUGGUGCUCCAGAUACGUCUAACUCAGAACUUCUGCCAAGUUCAGAAGAAAAUGUCCCUUUGGUAGGAGAAAACGAGAGUAAUGAAUGGAUAGAUAUACCCUGGGAAAUUGCAGACUUCCAGUUUUUAGGUCCCGAGCCAGGUGCGAAGAUAGCUACUAAUAAGAGCACAGCUCCUUCUAUGUCUGCUGAUUUGUUCUUCAACGACGAAUUCUUGAAAAAUUUAGUUUCGGAAAGUAACCGUUACGUCGCCAAAGUGCUUUCAACGCGUCGUUUGCGACGUUCGUCAAGAUUGAAAGAAUGGAGAGAAACGAAUAAAGCCGAGAUGAAGGUAUUUAUUGCUAUUGUUUUACAUAUGGGUAUCUUGCAAUUACCUCAAAAACCACUAUACUGGAGCACAUCAGAAGGUCAGGAAGGUGGACCAACUAUAAAAAUUAUAACAGAUUUAUUAGACGAGUACUUGAAUAAAGGUUACAAGGUAUAUACAGAUAACUACUAUAACUCCGUUGAGUUGACAAGAAAAAUGAGUGCAAAUGAAACUUACUUAUGCGGAACUUUGCAAUCAACCCGUAAGGGUAAUCCAAAAGUUGUGACAUCGGCAAAGCUGAAGAAAGGUAAGAUGAUUUGGAGAAGAAAGGGGGAAGUGGCUGUUUGCAAAUGGAAAGACAAACGUGAUGUUCUAACCAUUUCAAAUAUGCAUAAUCCUGAAAUGAUAACUAUCAGAAAUCGCAGGAAUCUACUUAAACUAAAACCUAAUAUUGUUGUUGAUUACAAUAACGGAAUGGGAGGAGUAGACCACUCUGACCAAAUGAUUUCCAUAUGA